UAUGUCACUGCCAAGAUCAUCGCGAAGACGUUCUUCCGUUGCGGAUGGAGACGAAAACAUUACAAAAUUACUGCUGGCAGCAAAAACUCAAAAUAUAAUUUCUAAACGUCGUGGAUCGGCUGUUUCUAUAGAUUCUAUUCCACCUAAUUCUGUCAUGAUUGAUGCUACUAUCACUACUACGAAAACCAUCCCCUCCUCCAGAGAUAAAAUGUUAUCUUCAAAUUCAUCUGAUUUAUCUUCAAAAACGCAUUAUGCAUCUCCCAGUCAAUUUUCUGACAUUGAGGACGAUAAAUUUUCCAAAAUCAAUAAGAAAGAUUUGUUGCCUCGUCGAACUCUGUCACAGCAUGUUCAACAACAACAAUGUCUACAUUCGAGAUCUUUAUCUCAACCGAUUCCUUCGUUAUCACAGCAGCGACCUUUAAUUCCUUCAGCCAAUUAUGAUAAUCAUAAUCAAUAUAAAUUACGAACUGAAUUAUCUUCGAAAAAGUUAUGUCGGUUUUUUGGUGAUAAACCUCCCAUCGAUAUCUGUGUUAAAGAAAUCGAGAGAGAGGGACUUAAAGCUAUGUUACAUUCCAAGAUUCCUUUAUGUUAUUUCUUGUAUUCGUUGCUCGAAGAAUAUUCUUGCGAAAAUUUGUUCUUCUUUCUCGAAGUAGAACAAUUUGAAUCAUUUGAAUACUCUAAUUUAGCUCAGCAAUAUACGAUAGCUCAACACAUAUUUGAUACUUAUUUAACAAGAAACUCUCAAUUUGAAGUAAAUAUUGACGACAAAGUUAGAAAAAGUGUUAUAUCAUUUAUUAAAAGUCAACGUGAUCUAAGGCGUUGCUUUGAUGGCGCUAAGAGGGCUGUAUUUGUACUAUUAGAAUCUAGUUUUGCUAGAUUCAUUCGAAGCAAUACUGCUGAUCUUAUGAAAAAGGAAAUAGGCGAAACAACUACUCAUUAUUCUAUAAAAGCACGUGAUUCCGCAAUAUCUUUGCUUUUUAGUUUUUUCGAUCGUCAAUAUUCUUCGUCACAGCCAUCGUUG